CUUAUUCAUUCUUUAAGUCGUUCAAUUUUCAGUUAGUAAUAAUCGUUUAUAAAGAUGGAUUCUAAAAAAAUCAUUACACAGACCAUCGUAUCACUAUUUGUCUUAAUAGCAAUUACAGCCGUUAAUGGAAGACCCAGUGGAGCAGGAGGAAGUGGUAGUGAUUUUAACAACAGAGGCAAAGGAAUUCAGGGCCCUGACGAUGUUCGCUUUUUCGCAUUAAAGGAUAACAAAUCUGAAGAAAGGAAAUAUAUUGGUGGAGUUAUCGGAAAUUGUGAAGGUUUCAGUUACGACGGCCUAGUACCUAAAGUAUGGCGUAAAUCAGGCGAAGAUUCCGCUACUCCAGCGGACAAAAUAAAAUGCCCGUUUUGUGCAGUUCAAAACAGUCGGAGCGCAGAAAGUAAGAGCUAA